UUUGAAUGGACAGACAGUUUUUGACAAGCUGACUACUAGAGGUGAAACACACAGACCUUUCGUCCAUAUCUGCGCCGGGAUACAGGGUGAAAUUCACCUUCUUGAUUCUUUGCGAGCCAGACUUGCCUGUUCUACUGCCUCAGCCGAGCUGGCCAGGCUGCCAAGAAAUACUCGCCGAGCACAGAUGAGAGCAGAGAUGAAGGAGUGAGCCCUCACACAGAGGAACUAGUGGAACCAGUGGAGUGGCAUGACGCUGCCCCCGAUCUGAUUGGAUGGUUUUGUCAGCAUGACAGCCGAAGAUCCUGCUUCCUCCUCAACCAUGAGCAAUAACGCUGCCCCRUCCAAACCCUCCAAGCCCUCCGGCGCCUCUUAUCAUUCACUCCAAGGACAGAACAGCAUCCCAGAGGGAGUCGCAGGAGCUCCCAACGAGUCGGCGCUGCUGACCUUGAUGGAGCGCACCGGCUACGGUAUGAUUCAGGAGAACGGUCAGCGUAAAUACGGCCCGCCUCCUGGUUGGAGCGGUCCAGCUCCUCCUCGCGGCUGUGAAAUCUUUGUUGGCAAGAUCCCGCGAGACGUGUAUGAGGACGAGCUGGUGCCCGUGUUCGAGUCCGUGGGGAACAUUUACGAAAUGCGUCUGAUGAUGGACUUCGACGGGAAGAACCGAGGGUACGCGUUCGUGAUGUACACGCAGAAGCACGAGGCCAAGAGGGCCGUGCGGGAGCUCAACAACUACGAGGUGCGACCCGGGCGGCUGCUGGGCGUCUGCUCCUCCGUGGACAAUUGCCGGCUCUUCAUCGGAGGCAUUCCCAAGACCAAGAAGCGCGAGGAGAUCCUGGAGGAGGUCUCCAAGGUGACGGAGGGCGUGCUGGACGUGAUCGUUUACGCGAGCGCUGCCGACAAGAUGAAGAACCGCGGCUUUGCCUUCGUGGAGUACGAGUCGCACCGCGCAGCCGCCAUGGCUCGCAGGAAGCUGAUGCCCGGCCGCAUCCAGCUGUGGGGCCAUCAGAUCGCAGUGGACUGGGCGGAGCCAGAGAUUGAUGUYGAUGAAGACGUGAUGGAAACGGUGAAGAUCCUUUAUGUAAGGAACCUGAUGAUGGAGACCAGCGAGGAGACAAUUAGAAAGAUUUUCAGCCAGUGGAACCCCGGGUGCGUGGAGCGUGUGAAGAAAAUCCGCGACUACGCUUUUGUCCACUUUACGUCCCGAGACGACGCUGUGCUGGCAAUGGACCACCUGAACAGCACAGAAAUCGAAGGGUCCUGCAUCGAAGUGACUCUAGCCAAACCGGUAGAUAAAGAGCAAUACUCACGCCAGAAGGCCUCCAAGGGGGGAGCGUCUGCCACGCCUGAAGCUACUCCGCAGAACUACGUGUACCAGUGUGACCCCUACACACUGGCCUACUACGGUUAUCCUUACAACACGCUCAUCGGACCCAACAGGGACUACUUUGUGAAAGGAUUCCCAAUGAUACAGAACAAUGCAGGUACUGUGAGAGGUCGUGGUCGUGCUGCUGCAGGUAAUCGUACCCCUGGACCUCGGGGGUCGUACCUCGGGGGUUACUCUGCCGGUCGUGGCAUCUACAGUCGCUACCACGAAGGCAAGACCAAACAGCCCGAAAAACCCUAUGAACUGAUGCCCAGUCUGGAGCUUGCUGCCUCCGUCAACCCAGUUGGCAUCAAACCUGGCACAAUGGCACUGCCAGCUCUGGGUGCACAGUACCCAGUGUUCAGCYCUGCUCCUGCAACCAAACUGAUGGAGGAGGGGAAAGUGCACACUGUGGAGCAUCUUAUCAACCCCCUGACCAUGCAACACCCUGAACACAACACUGCCACAGCUGCCGCGGCCGCCGCUGCCUCCGUCCUGCCUGCGGUCUCCACCCCUCCACCUUUCCAGGGUCGUCCGAUCACUCCCGUCUACGCCAUGGCCCACAGCGUUCAGCGCCUCCCAGCAGCCAGCAGCCUUUACGGAGCUGGCUACGUCCCCAUCGCCAACUACACUGCCAACACAGCCGCUCUGGCCGCGCUGCAGAAAAACGCAGCGGUGGCCGCGGCGUACGGAGGCUACGCCGGCUACGCUGUGCCACAGGCCUUCCCUGCCGCCACCUUCCAGCUGCCUCUCCACGACAUCUACCAGACGUACUGAUUCAGAGGCCUCGAGGCGAGUCGCCRGCUGACUGAACCUCGCCAGCGUCUGAAGCAUCUCCUUACACUUGAGCUCCACAUGAAAUCCUAGCCAACAUUAAGCCCACAGACAAAAACUAACGCGACGUCUUCUCCCAGUCGCUCUCAGACCUGUUCAGCUAGACAGCYUCAAAACACACCCCUACCAAUUUGUUGCUCUAGCAACAGAAACAUUUAUGGUACUUUUAAGUAUUUAUGAAGACCAAACCCAUAAGUAAGGCUUUAUUCUUUUUAUGUUAUUUUAUGGUGAUAUUAGUUCUCUGAACCUUUACAUUAUCUAGUGUAAAAUCUAAAAAAGAGAAGUACUUUAAAUGAAGAAAUUAGCAGCAACUACUGAUAAGAGGACACCACUGUCUUUAGACAAACUUGUUUUUUUUUUUUCUUCUUUUUUGAAUUAUUCAUACGUGGUAUUGUUGCUAUAGUUUAGGUGCUGUCAGUCUGUGCUGGUUGAGUAUGUUUGCUUUGUUUGGUACUUUUAUUUCUCUUAGGUUUUAUUUUGUGUGUUUUGGUUGUUUUUAAAUGAAGGUUUUAGUUGUGAAUAUCGUGUAUCCUGGUUUUGUUUUUUUUGCCUUUUUUGUCCCGUCUAUUCAGAAACAAACAUCUUUACAUUGACAGCUUAUUGUGACCGAUUCUGGGCAAAAAGAAAAAAYAAGAAGAGAAAACAAACUGGAAAGCAUUUUAACCAACAAGCCUUUGAAUACACACCGAUGUUUCCCAUCUUUAGAAGUUAUUGAUUGGGGACUUGAGACUGAAUAUUAUUUUUUUUCUAGGUUGUGUAUAUUUUUUGUUGUCAUUGUUAAAUAGUUUGACUCUUUUAAGGUGAACAAAUAUAGAGAGAAAAUUGAGAUGUAUUUCUAUACAAACUGGAGCUCUCCAUCACUUGAACAGCUCCUGUAUCCCUCAGCUUCAAUCCUGCACACACUCCAGUUUGAGUCUUUUUACUUGUGCCUUACUCCUACAUGUGAUAAAUGCAACUCUGUGCUUUUUACGCUGUGCCUUUUACAACUAAACAAGUCUGUGUGGUUAACAAGGGCAUACACCCAUCCAUCUUUUUCAUCCGUGUUUUUAUUAACUGUAUUUUUUGUUUUUACUGAACCGUAGUGAGACGAGUCUGAACCUCCUUGAGUCAGACGUGUCAGGUCUCUCCUCUGGCGCUCCUGCAGUAACACUCCAGUUUCUUUAUUUCUCAUCGUCGAACCUGUGCUUGAUUGAGGUGCACUUAAACAUAUUUAUGACAGGCGAAAGAGCCACUUUCAGAUGAAGAAAUACUAAUGAUGGAACAGAAACUUGUGGGUGGACAUGACUUCUUUUUUCAGUGUUUUUGGCUUUAUAAUAUGCAAGAAAGUUUAUUAUUAUUAUUAUUAUUAUUCAGACAGAAGAUAAGAAAUGAGCCCUCCAAAUCUUUUCUUGGCACUUGUAAAACUCUGCAGUGUGAUGGAAAGAAGUGCAGAAAUACCUCACUCUGAAAUAUGCAAGUAGCCAUACUGUGGGCUUUCUGCAGUGAAACCCUUAAAAGGAUUGUCUGGAGGUUGUUUUUUUUUUUAAAGUGGAGUUAUGUGGAGUUAUCAGUAGAUAGUGUCUUACCUGCAGUAAAAAGCUUUCUGAAUUACCAAUUUAAAGAAUCACAGAUUACAGUGUGUUUUAUUUGGACUCAGAAGUCUGAAUUUUUAGAGCUUUGAGCUGAAAAAAUUAACUGAAUCUUCAAAACCCUGUUUUUUAAAUUCAUUACAGCUGCCUUAAGCAUCAGAAGUAUUUUCUGCAAUAAAAAAACAUUUUGUACUCAAUGUUUAACCUAUAAGCCAUCAUCACUGAAUACAGAAAAAAACAUGUUUUGUUUUGUACUUUCAGUCUUGUGAACAAUGGUUGGCAAAGUCCAUUGGUUUUCUGUUCCAUGGUUCAGUUCUGCGAUCAUCUUAAACUGAAUAGUGUUCGCACAAACUACGUUUUUUUUUACAACAACAAUCCACCUUGGAAUUGGCCUCAGUGUGAUUGAAUUUCUGCCUUGUUUUCCAAAUUGAAAAUGUUCUGAGCACUUUCUGCAACAGGUGAGACACUGAUUAGCCAUAACAACUCCACACAACCCCACUUCAAAUCUCCAAGCUGUCACUUUAAAUUCCUUCAAGCUGCUGCUGAUCGGAAAGCCUCUCUCAUCAACAAAUAAAAACAAAGAGAAAACAUUUUUAUUUUUAACAAACACGUUUCAAAUUAUACCGUUUUUUAAUUUUUUUGUUGUCAUCUAGUAAACAAACUUGCUAUUUUUUGACCACAUGCAAUGAUGAGAAAGAUAAAAUAGUAAGUUAUUGCUCUGAGAAAUGAAAAGCAUAACAACCCAUUUAGUUUGAGUUUCUCUCUCACUGUUGUGCAUUUUCUCACAAAUAUAACUGGAAUUUAUGUAGAGAGCUAACUGCUGUUAACUUCUUUUAUUAUGAUGACAGAAGACCGGAUAUAUAUUUAAUAUAUGCAUUAAAUUUGUUGUGUAUGAAGUGCAAAGAAAAGGUAUAAUAUAUUCAAAACAGUCAUUUUUAUUUGCAUAUUUAGGGAUAAAAGUCAAAGUAACAAAUGUAGAAAAAAGUUUGUUUUUAGCCUUUUUAUUUUUGUCUCCUUUUUGCCAAAGUGUUCAGUAGUUUUUAGCCUUUAACAUUUAUUAUUUUGUUAUCUGUAACAAAAUGUACUUGGUGUUAUGAAUGGGAACACACUGAACCCUCGCGUUCAGCUACAUUUUUGCAGUUUCAGGGGGAGUUUAAGCUGGCUGAGGUAUCACCACGCUCCGUCUCAGUUUUGUCAACAAUGGUUUAACUGCUGUUGAACUUUUAACAUGUAAAAAAAUWUAAAAAAAUGCAGAAAGCUCCAUCUUUGUGCCUUUCACUCUGCUUUGCAUUCCUUUACCUGCAUUUCAGCACAACAUGGCAGCAGAAGAUGAACACUUUGUGUUGAUGGAGCGGAGCCCUAAAAAAAAGGUGUUACCAUUUAAACUCUUCCACAUUUGUGCCUUAUUGCCAAGGUGUUCUCUUUGUUAAAGCUUUGUAGACCUUUGCGGACUGUUUUCUAUCUGAAGGUUUGUUAAAUGGAACAACCUUGUUCUGCAUUGUUAUAUUUAUAGAAGGCGAAUAAAGUGUUUUUGAAAGAA